AUGACGAUGGUUAUGGAAAAUCAGAACCGCCCCUAUGGCGGCAUGAGCUUCGACAAUGUCUACCAUCACACCCCGCCACAGUUCACAGACCCGUGGGCUGCACACACAACCUCGCACUCGACACCUCCAGUCUAUGCCACUUCCAUGGGGAAUGGCGCCGGCAUGGCCCUCGCCCAGGUGAAGCAAGAGGAAGUGAACCGUACUGGCAUGUCCAUGCCUUACCCUAACAUUCCCGUGUCCGCCCCAUCAAUGGUGGCUGGGACUAGUUACGCGACCAGCUAUGGGCCCGAGGUAAUGGGAAUGCAACACGAGGUCCCGCGCACAACUUUCGACCAGGCCCCCUCUUACACCACCGCUCCUCCAAUGAGCAGUUUCGCGCCAUCCAGCUAUGCUUACGCCCCCAUUCACCCCACCCCACAGGACAGCCGUCGUAUCUCGCACUCAGAUGCCGCUCGGGUUAGCGCUUCAGCUUCCGCCCCCACUUUCGGAGAUGCGCUCGAUGCAAGCCGUGGAAUGGUCGCUCUCAGCCAGGAUCUGACCCCGCGCAACAUCUACGGCCCCGGCCCUCGCGGCGCGCGAGGCUCAGCUGAUUCCUACGGUUUCCCCUCCACACAAUCGUCCGCUUCAUCCAUCUCAUCCGGCGGCAACUAUCCCUACUACAGCGCCUCGGUGGGCUCCGUCGACUCCUCCGUCACAGAUUACAGCUCGACUACUUCCGAGUCAUAUGAAUCGCGCACUCUCCCCCGGCCGACCAGCCUGUUGGCUGGUAGUGCUCCCCCGGGCCCGCAAUCAAUGAUGAGCCAAUUCAGCUCGAAGAUGCCCUCCAACACCCAGAAGAAGCACAAGUGCAAGGUCUGCGAUAAGCGAUUCACGCGUCCGUCUUCGCUGCAGACGCACAUGUACAGCCACACUGGUGAAAAGCCAUUUGCGUGUGAUGUUGAAGGCUGCGGGCGGCACUUCUCCGUUGUCUCGAACCUGCGUCGACACAAGAAGGUCCACAAGGGCGAGAAGGACUCAGGGUCUGGCGACGACGACGAGUAA